AUGUCAAUCUAUUUCUCUGUGUUGUUCAUACUUCUUGUGGCCCAAAUGGCUUUCAUGUUCAUGAUAGUUAUGCCCUUGCAUUAUCAGAUAAGGAAAAGAUUAGUGGUUUUCUCUGAUAAUUUUUUAUCAGGUCCUCAAUUUAGAACUGUGGUGGCUAUAUUAAGUUGUUUAGUGAUGCUACUGUUCAUUGACUCAUGGAAACGUGCACAGCUCCCAGUGUUCUCUCACGCAGAGAAACCACAAGAUGUGGCUAGUUCGUUGAAGACAUUGACUACAAGGGCUUACAAUCAAAGAAACGUAUACAUUUCGGGGUUCAUUCUAUACUUUACUAUUUGUAUUCCUGUCUUAUUGAACUUAUUAACCCGUUUGGUAAAAUACGAGACUCUAAUUAGGGAACUGAACUCUGUACCUGCAGUUGAAAACAAGCAAGAUGAGAAGGAUAAGAACAAAGCCAAGGAGAAAGAAGUCGCAUCUCCCCAAUUAACCGCACUACAAAAGGAGUUGGAAUCAAAGAAAGUAUCUUUGAAGGCGUUAAAGAUUCAAAUAAACAAUCUAAACGAACACUUCGAUGCCACUAUUAAGGAUAAGGAUCCUCAGCCAGCCUCAGAGAAGAAAAACGAUUGA